CCCCUCCGUCCCUCCCUCUCCCCCUCCCUCUCUCCCUCCCUCCUUCCCUCUCCCCGGUGCGCGGCCAUUGCAGUGACCCCGGCCGGCCAAGGAUGAUUACGAACACGCGGGGCUUCCUGUGGUCGGACCUGGAGACGCGGGCGCUGCUGGAGAUCUGGGGCGAGGCGGACGUGCAGUCGGCGCUGGACGGCAACUUUCGGAACAGCCAUGUGUACCGGGACGUGGCGUGCCGCCUGGCCGAGCUGGGCUUCGAGCGCACCCCCGAGCAGUGCCGCAUCCGCAUCAAGGGCCUCAAGCGGCAGUACUACCAGGCCCGGGACGGGCUGAAGAAGAACGGGCACGCCCGCAAGAUAUGCAAGUACUACGACGAGAUGGACCGAAUCCUGAGCUGCCGGGGGGGACCCGAGGGCGCCCCCGAGCCGCUGGCCGCGCUGGCCGCGACGCCCGAGGUUGUCCCGCCGCCCGCGGGGCCGCUCCCCGCGCCGCCCACGCCGGGCACGCCGCACAACAGCCGCGAGCUGGACGCCGAGCUGGACGAGGAAGCCGGGCCGGAGUCCCCCCGCGACAACUUCACCGAGGACUCCGGAGAGUGCUCUUCCUACGCUGACCACCCCAUCAAGGUGGAGUGCCCGUCCUUCGCCAUCCCCGUGCCGCCGGGCGAUGGCUUUAAAGAAGUCAAUGCUCCAACUAUUACCCCACCUCUCAGUCAGCCCAAAAGAUCAAAAAAGCGCCAUACAAAUUUAACAUUGGAUAAAAUGAUGGAAAAAUUCUUGCAGCAGAGCAUGGAUACAGAUGAGAAAUUUUACAGAUUUGAAGAGCAGAGGCUCAAAAUUGAGGACAAGCGUCGAGAAGCUGAGCAUGCUCGAGAACUCCAGAUGUUACAGAUGUUGGGACAGAUGUUGGCAGGAAUUUCUUCUACGGUAUCACAAAGGUCACAAUCUAUACCAACAAGUCCACCUCGGAGAGCGAACCAUCGUUCAUAUGCGGAUAACUUUAAUUAUAAUGCUAUGACAGCAACACUUUCUCCACCGAUAGGUACUUCCUUCUACAGCAUAAAUAAAAGGAGUGUUGUUGAAAUUGUGCCCGCCUUUUAUCUUGGUGCAGAUUUAUCCCAUGUGUUUUGUACCAAAGAUGCAGCAACAGUAAUCAAAUCAUAUAGUCCAGAGCUGAUUGUUCAUCCAGUUCUUGAUAGUCCCAAUGCUGUCCAUGAGGUGGAAAAGUGGUUACCACGACUGCACUCAGUUGUCAUAGGACCUGGCUUAGGUAGAGAUGAAGUUCUACUUGAGAACGCUAAGGGUAUUAUAGAGAAAUCGAAAGUGAAAGGAAUUCCUAUCAUUAUUGAUGCAGAUGGACUGUGGCUCAUUUCCCAGCAACCUUCUCUUAUUCAAGGCUACCAGCGAGCUAUUCUUACUCCAAACUAUAUGGAGUUCAGUAGGCUGUAUGAAGCCAUGCUUAGAGACCCCGUAGACAGUAGUGAUCAUCAUGGAUGUGUAUUAAGACUCAGCCAAGCCAUGGGGAACCUGACAGUUGUUCAAAAGGGAGAAAGAGAUCUUAUUUCAGAUGGAGAGAAAGUACUCGUAUGCAGUCAUGAAGGAAGCAGCCGGAGAUGUGGUGGACAGGGGGACCUUCUUUCUGGUUCUCUUGGAGUCUUAGCACACUGGGCAUUUGUUGCUGGAGCUGAAAAAACAAAUGGUCAAAAUCCCUUUCUAGUGGCUGCAUUUGGAGCUUGCUCUCUUACGAGGCAGUCUAACCACCAAGCCUUUCAAAAAUUCGGACGUUCAAUGACAGCCUCUGACAUGGUUUCAGAAGUUGGAACAGCUUUCAGCAAACUUUAUGAAACCUGAAGCCAAAGCAGCAGAGAAGAAGAAAAGGAAGAACAGUGACUGCAAGAGUAAUUACAUGUACCGUAGAAUUUACAUAAGUAAUGCACCCUUUCAAGUGCUGUAGCAACAAUGGUAUGUUAGGUAGAUCUUUUUUAUUUUUAAGAAUAGAAAAAUAUGAUUAAUGUAGAUAUUUUUUAAGAGUUUGGAAUACAAAAAUGUUUUGGCUGAAAUAAGCUGUAGUUGCAGAUCUGUUAUAAUAUAAUAAAACUAAACUGAAAGUAUUCCUCUGUUCUUUUUGAUAGUUAUUGAGCAAUAACUAAAGUGUGAACAGCAAAAAAAAUGCACUUGAUAUUUAGAUAAAAUUCUUCCACCAGCUCAACUGAAUUUCUUGGAUUGCACCAAGGUUAUCAUGUUGUCAUUCUUAGAACCUCUGUCUAGAAUUAGCUAUUGCACUUCAGUUUUUUGCCAUGCUAGUAUAUUAAGAAGCAAAAAAUAAGCCUCUUUGGAAAGGGAGUGCAUGAGAGUUGCUGUAGAUUUUGAAUGUAAUUAGUUGCCUUUUCCCAUUCCUGGUCCCAGAGGCAGCAUUCAUUUGGACAAGGCACCCCUUCCUGCAAUGUCUUAUUUUGUUGUUUUUUAAAAGGUCCCCCCGUGGCAGAAUAGGAUAUACUGUAGGUAUCUCAGCAGCAAAAUUCAUUAAACAGUAAUUAGGCUUACCUGAAAAAAAAAUAAAAAUUCUGUUUCUUUAUCUAGUCUUGACUCAUCUGGAACUCAAUGUGAUAAAUUUGUGAAAUUAUCAUUUGGAGAGGUACUAGGUGGGGCAAGAAACUCAGUGAUACCCAGCAGAACUGUCAGACUCUCAGUGAUCAUGGAAGAGUAAAGUGCUUUUAAAACUCCCGUUGCCUGCUGGGUUAGAGCUCAGAGAAGACCAGCACACAGAUCCAUAGGUGGAUAGUAAUUAGCCAGCAGGAAUACGAGUUGAAGGCAGCCCACAGCAUGUACCUGUACUGUCGUAGCAGUGUGCAGGCAGCUGUAUGCUGCAGGUUAAAGGCAGGAACAGAAAAUGGUGGUUGGUGUCUGAGCUUCAAGUGCAGUACUUAGUACUUGGUACUUUUACUUUUUUAGAGCACAGAGGCUUUUUGUCUGAUCUUUGCGAGACAGGACACUGUUAGGGCCACACUGAUCUGGCACGUUGGCAGGGCAGGUAAGCAUUAGGUAUGAAGAGGAACUUGUGUGGGAUUUUUGCACACUACGAUUUGUUAAAUUUUUGGAGAUUCAGUCAAAGCUUGUAGAGACUAAACCAUUAUGGAGAGGGGGACAAGUUCAUGCCAAGAACACUUAAGUGGGUACUGCCCUUGAGCCUCCAAUCCAGCUCCAAGUGUUUAUGCUCAUUAAAGCACAGAACAAGCACAUAACGUAUCUGGUUAUUGCAAUAGAUGUUACCUGUUCACCACAACCACGCCUGUGCAGGGCUCCAGCUCUAGGUUGGCAUGUGAUGUCCCACAGACCAGUCAGACUGUGUUCUCAUACCUGCAAUAGCUGCCUGCAGAAAGCACCUGGAAUCAGAAAAGCUGCUCCAAGUAUUUCCCUUCAGCCCUUAGAGUUGAUAUUUCUGGAUGCACUGUGACUACUACCUCACCCCGAUGCAUUUUUGUUUUUCUUUCUAAACCAGUUACCUAUUUUUAAGAUAGGUUUUUAAAUGUUUGCUCAUGUUGGUCUAUGAGGGUUCACAGACUACUCUUAAGAGAUGAGGUUUUAGUGUUUAAUUUAAGCAGUUUUGUAAACUGUCUGCAUCUUUGGGGAAACUUAAGCUACUGUUAUUUUUCCCCCUAAAUCUAUUUGAGAAGCCUGACUACUUUUAAAUUAAAUCAGCAAGUUAAAACUGAUUUUAAAACAGCUACUGGCUUUUUUUUUUUUUUUUUUUUU